ACUAUUCCUGGAUGUCAUUCAUUAUAUUCCCUUUUGUGAAAUCACCAGAUGUAAUUCUUCAGCCCAAUUACCACCUUGGAAACUGCUGGUCUUUUCCUGGAAGUCAAGGUGAAACUGUUAUCAGAUUAGCUAAGGAAAUUAUUCCAAAAGCUGUUACAAUACAACAUAUAUCUAAGAAAAUCUCCCCCACAAAUGAGAUCUCUAGUGCUCCCAAAGAUUUUGCUAUUUAUGGGCUAAAAGCAGAAGAAGAGGAACAAGGAACUUUCCUGGGUCAGUUUACAUAUGCCAUGGAUGGAUUCUUAAUUCAAACAUUCCAGUUGAAAAAUGAAUCUUUUGAAUUGAUGAGAUAUAUAAAGCUGAAAGUAAUAAACAACUGGGGCCAUCCUAAGUAUACUUGCAUAUAUCGGCUUAGAGUGCAUGGAAAUCCAAGUGCAUCUAAGAAUUCUGUAGAUGAUCAUGCUAAUAAAGGAUGAAGUGAUAGCAGCCCAAUGAUUAUUGUAAUUUUGCCAAGCUUCUCAUUCUAAACUAAAAUGAAGAAAUGCAUUCUAGGAAGCUGAUCUA